AAGGAAACUACUAAACAUGGUAGCUGUGGUAUCUCAAGAAAACAUGGUUUCUCGCACAGGAAGGCACUUGCAGCGUUACAGCAAAGGUCGUCGCCAAGUCGUGGGAUGUAUUCCAUAUAGAUAUAAAAAUUCCAAGCAGAGUCUAUCAAUGGAUGAUGGUGCAAAAGAACUAGAAGUUCUUGUCAUUACUUCACAAAAGGGCAAAAGGAUGCUCUUCCCUAAGGGAGGGUGGGAAAUAGAUGAAUCCAAGGAAGGGGCAGCCUCUCGAGAGACGCUGGAGGAAGCCGGGGUACGAGGAACCAUUGAGUUUGAAUUGGGUAAGUGGAGUUUCAAGAGCAAAUCCCAUGAUGCUUACUAUGAAGGUUACAUGUUCCCAUUACAUGUCAAGGAGCAGUUAGAUUUCUGGCCGGAGAAGAAUCUGCGCCAAAGAAUAUGGAUGAAUGUUCAAGAAGCAAGAGAAGUAUGUCAGCAUUGGUGGAUGAAAGAAGCCUUGGAUAGAUUAGUAAGUCGUCUCGCAUCUCAGCAACAACAACAGCUACAAGAACAACAACAAUAUGAAGACCAAGAAUUAGGCCCGGCAGUUCUUAAAUCAAUGAGGGCAAAUCUGUGAGAUAGAGCUUUACAGGAAAGAAGUCUUCAAAUGUGUAUUGGUUUUGCUUCUUAGAGUACUUAGAAAGGAUUUAGGUAGAGUAUGAGACUCGAAACCAACUGAUGAAAGUGAUGACUGAAAGACCGGGUUCUUGUUUUGUUAGAUUUCUAAUUCAUGAGACAUGUGUUGAUGGGAAAAACUUAAUUUUGAGGUCCUUGUGAAUUAGAAACAUGAUCACUAAAUCGGGACACGAAUUUUGCUUGUAAUAACAAGAGAUAUUGGCACUCA